AUGACAACGAUGGACAAAAACAGCAGUGCUCAAGUCGAUCGCGACCAAUUGCUUCCUUCCACAUUAGUUUCAGCCACACUCUCUUCAUCAACAUCAACAUCAUUAUCAUCCACCAUUCCUCAUGCUUAUCAUCAUUCACCAAGAUCGGUAUUGAAUCAACCUACUAGAACAUUACUAGCUCCACCAUUAACUUUAAUUAAUAAUAAUAAUAAUAAUAAUAAACAAACUACAAAUACUGCUAUUACUACAACUACAACUCAACAACAACAACAACAAAAGAAAAAGAGUAAUAAUAAGAAGAAAAUGAAUGGUUCAGAUUCAGAUGAUGAUUCUGAUCUAGUAACAUUGACAAGAGCAGCACAUGAACUAGACAUUAAAAACUUUCAAUUUGACUAUACCAAUUCAUCAUGUACGGCAUCUAAUUCUUCACAAUCUGAGGAUAUUGAAUUGAUGGUUAGAUCAACCUCUUUGAGAAAAAAGUAUUACAACUAUGGUAAUGGUAAUGGUUCGCUUGGUCAUAAUCAACAUUUAAUUCGUCCCCCAAUCUCAACGAUGGAUGAUGAUCCUCAUCAUCAAUCGAUUAUUGAACCUAACGCAAAUAAUAUAAAUACUGUAAAUUCAUCUUCAACAUCACCAUCUGAACCAUCAUCAUUAAAAUCAAAUUCAUCAAGUACUAGUACAUCAUCAACUUCAUCGUUAUCACCCAAUUCUACGCCACCAAUCAAUUCAUUACCACCAAAUAAUAACAAUAACUUUGAUACUGUCACACCAAACACUGUAAAUAAUCAUAAUAUUAAUCAUACCAUGACUGCAAGCUCUGUAACCAAUCUACAACCACAACAACAAAAAAGAAACAACAACUAUAACAAGAUAAUGAUUGGUGGAGUUGAAAUUGAUCGUAGUACUCCAGUCAAUUUCAAUGUUGGUGGUAGUAUAUUUGCCACAUCUCUAAACUCUAUACUCAAGUGUCGAAACUCUGUCCUCUACAAAAUCGUUGAAAUGCAAAUCAAUGUUGUCGCAGAAGAUGACACUAUCUUUAUCGAUCGUAAUCCAAACUAUUUUUCAUGUAUCUUGGACUUUUUAAGAACUGAUAGAUAUUUCUCACCUGUUGGUAUCAAUACAAAAGGUCUAUUAAUGGAAGCUGAAUUCUUUGGUAUUGAAGAAUUGGCUGCUGCUAUUCGUGAUGAACCUGAAAUUACUCGUAGUGAUAUAAUUAAUUUAAUUAAUUCAUGUUAUGAUUAUCCAAGAUUUAGAGGAUUAUGGUUAACAAAAUUAAAUUUAUCGGGGUUGGAUCUUAGUUGUGCAUUAUUUGAAUUUGCCAAUCUUUCCAAAUCCAUUAUCAAAUCGACCAAUGUUCAAUCUGCCAAUUUUGUUGGAUCCAAUCUAGAAGGUUGUUUUUUCGAUAGCAACUAUGGUAUUGGUGUUAAAUUCUCAAAUGCUAAAGUUUAUAAUGCUACCUUUACAAAUAAUGUUUUAUAUGAAACUAUUGCUUACAAUACAAAUUUUAAUGGAUCUGAUCUAAGAGGAACAAAGUUUGCAUGUUCAGAUUUAUCAGGAUCAAAAUUUACAAAUUGUAAAUUGGAAGGAUGUGAUUUCUCUCAUUGCGAUUUGACAGAGGUUCAUUUUACAGGAUCUACUUUUGAUAAAUCAUCCAACCUUAGUUGUUCAACCAUCAAAGAUUCAACCAUUUUCGAUAAUACCAAUCAUGAAGUAGCAAUUAGAAAAAAGGGUUGGAAGAAACCAAAAACUAUUAGAAAUCGUUCAAAAGUACUUUCAACUAUACCUGGAAUGGGAUAA